AUGGCUAAUGAGACGGACCUCUAUUGUGUGCCGGGAGCGACGAAUUUCAACAAAGCGUACAGCCGCCUGCACGGCUAUCUCGCCAUCGUAAUAUGCAUCGUCGGAUCCGCCACCAACUCCAUCAACAUCACCGUUCUGAGUCGCCGCGAAAUGGCCAGUCCGACCAAUUCCAUUCUCACCGGCCUCGCCGUGGCCGACCUCCUCGUCAUGCUCGAAUACAUACCUUACGUGAUGCAUAUGAAUAUCAAAAUCGGGCCCCAGGUCAACAAGAACACCUACGGCUGGGCGGUUUUCGUCUAUUUCCAUUCCAUAUUCAGCCAGACCUUCCACACCAUAUCGAUCUGGCUGGCCGUCACCCUCGCGGUCUGGAGGUACAUAGCGAUCGCCUACCCUCAUAAGAACAGGUCGCUGUGCAGCAAGCGCAACACCACCGUGGCGAUCGUGAGCGCUUACAUCAUCUGCCCCUUCUUGUGUCUUCCCAUUUACUUCGCGAUGAACAUAGUGCCUAACGAAGUGACUUCGCGGAACAACUCCGAGUUCGCGUUGGACCUGUCUUUGCCGCAAAACCGGACCGUUUACGUGUUAGAAAUGUCAAAGAACAAAGAACUAGUGACCGCGAUAAUGUGGAUAUACAGUGUUAUAUUGAAACUCGUUCCGAGUAUAGCUUUAUCGAUAUUGAGUACGUGUCUAAUAUCUAAGUUAACUACGACCGACAGAAGGAGACAGAAACUGCUGAAGCGCUCGACCGUGGGACCCAACGAGGCCGAGAAGCAGUGCUUAGCAGAAGAUUCGAGCUCAGUCCGCCGGUCGAACCGAACCGACAGGACGACCAGAAUGUUGCUGGCGGUUCUAGGUCUGUUUUUGUCGACGGAAGUACCUCAGGGUUUGCUCGGUCUUGUGAGCGCUUUAGCCCCUGACUUCUUCAAAAGCUGUUACAGCAUGUUCGGUGACUUAAUGGACGUGCACCUUCGCGAGACUGGUGCGCCGAACGCUCUCUACUGCCGAACACUCCCCGAAACUUACCGUCAAACAAGAACCCACUACACAGGUUACCGGACCUCUUUAGCGACAAAUCCCCGCCCUCCCCAGGGUGGUGGAGGAGAGUAUCAUAUAAUUAUUGAAAAAGGUUUUCACGUGAUUUAA